GGGUUUGGGUUUUACUGUGUGGUCCAUCUAGCGUUCCGUGACUCUUGUGUGGUUUUGUUUGGCUCUUCCAGAAUGUGCUGCAGACAGGGGGCCGUGAUGUUCACUAUUUAUCUGCUCUUGAGGACCGCGUGCUCUGAGAAGCAGCUGUGGGUGACCGAGGGUGACGGCGUCGUCCUCCCCUGCCUUCUCCCACGCCCCUUUCUCCCUCUGAAUGAGAUGACUGGGUACUGGCUGACCAAAGACACACAUCAGGAGGAGGAGAAGAAGAAGAAGGAGAAUGGCGUGAUAUUCUCUUCAGGAGAAGAGAAGCUGGUGGAGGAACGAGAGCAGCUGGUUCAUUUCUUUGAUAAAGGCAAGGAGGAGUUCACACAUCAGUCCCCCUCCUACAUCAACAGGACCCGUCUCUUCAGCAGCCAGCUGCAGGCUGGGAACUUCAGUCUGGAGUUACGCAACGUCUCUGAGCGCGACAACAACACCACCUUCCAGUGUGUUGUGUCCGAUAAUAAAGGAACUCAUCGGCCGAGCAAUGUUACCAUAAGGGUGAAGAUGAGAGGAGAUGAUGAUGUUGAUCAGUCAGCAGCCCCCCUUGCAAACAGCUGGAAGUGGAUCGGUAUAGCAGCGUUUGGCCUUUUGGUGCUACUGGUGCUUGUGGCAGUUGUAUAUAAGAAGCGCAACCCAGCGCUCCCAAACCCCAACACUGGUAAGGGUUUUAUUCCUUAUUCUUCAGAAUGCAUAAUCUCUUAUUUCCUUCCUGCUUCACCAAAUAAGUACCAACACAACAACAAUCAUCAGUUCUGUACCAUGAAGUGUGUGAGCAGUGGUGUUUAUAAUGAUGUGACCACAGUGUGUGAGCAGUAGUGUUUAUAAUGUUGUGACCACAGUGUGUGAUGAUAAUGGUGUUUAUAAUGUUGUGACCACAGUGUGUGAUGAUAAUGGUGUUUAUAAUGUUGUGACCACAGUGUGUGAUGAUAAUGGUGUUUAUAAUGAUGUGACCACAGUGUGUGAUGAUAAUGGUGUUUAUAAUGUUGUGACCACAGUGUGUGAUGAUAAUGGUGUUUAUAAUGUUGUGACCACAGUGUGUGAUGAUAAUGGUGUUUAUAAUGAUGUGACCACAGUGUGUGAUGAUAAUGGUGUUUAUAAUGAU